AUGGUCAUCUUGGGCGGCGCGUACGCGUUGGCGAAAGGGCAUCCGUUCUAUGUGGUUAGAAAUAUCCCAUUGGGUUGUGAUUUGCUCAUUGGGUAUGGCCAAAUGAAGCGAUUCAGGGAUGGAGGAAGUGAUAUUGAGGACGCGACAUCGACGAAUGUAUCGGACGUAAGUGAUAGUCCGGAUAAAUUGUCCGAUGUAUCUAGUGAUGACAGCAUCAUGUGA